AUGUUCAACAAAUGCAUGGAAUUGCAUGUUGAUAACAAAUGGCUAAUGCAAAAUUGUUUUGUCUUAGCUGCAGUAACCGGAGGAUACAGCAAAAACCAUUGUGAAAAUAGUUUGAAAUGUAUUUUGGAAUCGAAGUAUUUUUCAAGUGUAGGAGGAAUAUUGAUUAAUGGUCUUCAAGCAAAUGGACCAUUUAAUGAAAAUCUUUGCAAUGAUGAUUUUUAUAAAAUCAUAGAAUAUGUAAUUUCAAAUUCACCACCUUCAUUACUACGGUCUGUUAGUGGUUCCUUUCCACCAAUAAUUAUUAUGAAAUUAAUAUCUCUGGGAAUUGAUGUUUUCGACACAAGUUAUGCAAAUAAUGCUACAGAAAGAAAUUGUGCCUUAACAUUCAGUUUUGAACCCAAAAAUCAAAAUGGGAAUGAAGCAGAAUAA